UCCAGUCGGCGCUAUCUGCUGCACUUACGGUGUUGACAGAGCCAUGACAACCUGGUGGGCAGCUUGUGUCUUGGCACUGGUCAGUCUGACCACUGCUUCCUACAAGAAAGGCGCGGCAGUCUCGAAGACCAACUACCAAUGCGGCGACACCGACGCCUUUACCAACAUCGCGUGGUGGUAUGACUGGAACCAGACCCCCUGGUACCACGCCAAGAUCGGGCACUGCACGCACAGCAUCACCAGACCGGGGAGAGUACCCAUGGUGUGGGGUUGGAGGAAGAACAUUGACCAUCCGCUUUACUUCCAUAACGACACGAGCAAAUACGUCCUCGGCUUCAACGAGCCCAACCACAUGCACCAGGCCAAUCUGACACCGGCAGAGGCAGCGACAGCAUGGAAGGUGAUCGAAGCAAGAGCUGACAAGCAGAACCAGCUCCUGGUAGGCCCGGCCGCCAUCCGAUGCAGCUCCUCACACUGUCUCAUGGACGGCGUACAGUGGUAUCGGGAGUUCUUCCAACACUGCAAAGGAUGCCGGGUAGAUUAUAUUGCCACGCAUGCGUACUGGUGCACAGCUGACACCACCUUGAACUUCCUGAAGGAACUCUGGGACAAUUUUAAGAAACCAAUAUGGCUGACUGAAUUUGCCUGUCCAAGCAAUAAUGUCGACCAUGUGCUCAGCUACAUGAAGGAAAUCCUUCCGCGUCUGGAGCGGGCUGACUACGUGGCGCGGUACUCGUGGUACGCCAGCAGGGUGGCUGGUACGGGGGCAGCCAAGUCCCAGGACAGCUUGCUGGAGCUCACCUCCGCCCAGCUGUCAACUCUCGGCAAGUACUACAAUAACUUCAUGUAGACACAGGCACGUGUUUUCCAUGUGAAGUUGUGAUUGGAAAGAUGAUAAUAAACUAUCAAUAAAAUCAA